GAUGAGUACUUGAUUUGGAGUCAGAAGACCUGCUUUUCAUUCCUAGCUGGACUGAUUACUGGCUGUGCACCCUUGAGCAAGCCCCUUAACCAAUUUUGGUCUCACUUUCCUCCUCUGUAACAUGAGCCGGGAAGAGUAGCUGCCUUCUGUACCAUUUUCCCCCUAUGCCCUUAGCAAUGGGCUGGUCUGGUAUCGCGAUGUUUGGCGCCUCUGGGUCACGCGGCAGUAGAGCAUCGCGCCUGAUCUGAGCAGAGUAGGCGAGGCAGAGCAUCUGAAGGCAAGAGCUCCGCAGAAUACGAGACAGAGCUGGACAGAGCAGAGUCCAGGUAGGGCCUAACUGGGCAAAGGAGGGUAGGAAGGAGAAGGCCUGAUAGGGCAGGUCACACGAUAUUUGCAGCCCUGAACGAGUCAGUGGAACAGGCCGGUGAGGGCCAUGGGGAGCUGCUGCUGCAGCUGCGAGGAAGAGGAAGGCCCCGAGCCCGACGAGCAGGCUCGGCUGCUGGAACCCCCCGGCGAGCAGGACAGGGCCUCCACAUCCGACUCUCAGAGCUGUCCGGACGAGCAGGCCGUUCUGGCAUCCAUCUUGGCCAGAGCCGCGAGCAGCAUCAUCGCCGUGGGGGCGGCCCAGGUGCAGCGCCUGGCACCUCAGGAAUGUUUGGAUCGAGCCCGCUUGUACCGCAGCCGGCUGGCCCAGCUCAAUCGGGCCGUUGUGAGUGGAGGAGGUGGCGGCGGGAGCUACAGCGGGCUCGGCAGCAGCUGCGGCAGUGGAAUCUCCGGGGUAGGGGUUCCUACCGGGGGAGGGCUCCUGAGCUACUGGAAGAAGAAGGAGCCAUCCAAUAUGGCUUUGCCUACGCUUACCAAUCACCCUUAUCGCGUGCUGGCCGGCGCCCUGGUACCCUACGCCGACGUGCAGCUGGCCAUCCAUAUCGCGGUGGACGCCCACCGCGCCAUGCAGCACGUGCGCGUUCAACCCUCGGAGGAGCUGGUGGUGAAGUUCGAAGUGGUGUGAGCAGCAACUGGGGCCUGGAGACCGCCCCUAGGCCCCCGGAUCCGACCCCCUGGGCUCUGGAGGAAGAUCUGUGGGCAUUUGAACCUGCCCCAGCUCCACUUCCCUUCCUGGCUCCAAGCCUGGCAGCAGCCUUGGGCCUGGUCUCAGCCCCUGCCCCUGUCUGGAUCCCCUCCCCUGUCCCUGCCCCAGGCCCCCCUCCAGCCUCAGCCGGGGCCUCGACCGAAGCAGGAGCCUCCAACCCCACCCCAGAGCCCCUCCCAGACCCCGUUUAGCUGUGCCCCCUCCCCCAGCAAAGCGGCCUUCUGUAGAAGCCAGGCGAGCAGCACAGCGGGGAGCAGAACAGAGGGAAGGAGACAACUCACUGAGGAGACAUCAUCUACAAGCCGCUGACUCCCACUGCCCCAUUUCCACUGCCCCGCCCCAGCCCUGCCCUCAGCCCCAAGUGCGCCCCCCCCCCCCCCCCCCCCCCGUUUUUCCUUGCACCUCUCUGUGUUUGGUGCUUAAUAAAUGUUUUGGUGCAUUGAAUUGAA